AUGAGUGACACAGUGAUCAAAACAUUGUUGUACGCCGACGACCAGGUACUUAUUGCCUCAUCGGCCGAAGAACUACAACGAAUGAUCACUGUGAUGAAUGAUGCCUUUGAAAGGAAAGGUAUGAAAGUCAAUGUGAACAAGACGAAAGUGUUGGUGAUAGAAAGGAAUGAAUUAGUAACAGAAUGCCAGGUAAUGAUAGGUGAUGAAAAAUUGGAACAAGUGAAUGAGUUUGUGUACCUAGGUUCUUUAUUUACGAGAGAUGGAAAGUGUGAGGGAGAUAUUGAAAGGAGAGUGAAAGCGGGAAAUAGUGUCAAUGGUGCUUUACACUCUGUAAUGUCGAGUAAAAUUAUAUCCAGCAAAGCUCGACUUGCGGUAAUACAGCGUGUACUAGCACCUACACUUAUGUAUGGUAGUGAAUCAUGGGUGUGGCAGAAGAAGCAUGAAAGCAGGAUUAAUGCGGUGGAAAUGAGAGCCUUGAGAAACAAAGAGUCCGAUUAA